CCUUCGGCUACAAGCAUACCAAAUUUGACACCAAAUGUAUCAUAAAAUGCACAAUCCUUCUGGUUAUCUGCCCCACUAAAAGUAGAUCCGGAGCGUUUCCGACAGAAAUAGCAGUCUUGAGGAAUCACAGUCGUGAACGCGCACGGAGCACGGUCACGAUGCCCCUGCGAAAGCGGGAGUGUAGCCCCGCAGUGUGUGGGGGCGGAGCCCGGGUUUAGUGAUGGGAGGGGGGGGGCUGGUGGGGGAGGCGGAGUCUCGGCAGUCCUGGCAGGGCCGCCAUUUUUACACAGGGAAAAGAGACUGGGUUUGAGGGGAUCUAAUUUCUAAAAGUCGCCGAUGACUAGGGCACAGUUUUAACGGUUUCCAAUUCAUAUCUAGCCUGAAUUUGGUGUCACCUCGUAGAACAAGAAGCAAGGAAUUUUUGAAGAGGAAAGGACUCUUUAGAGGACACGUUUAAAUAGAAACAUUUUAAAGCUUUGCUAGGGAUCCGCAGUGUGUGGACACAAGUAUUGUUUUGGUUGUGGAAGCUGUGUGGAAAGCGACGGGGGUCUUACCCAGGUCCCCUUAUUCACUAUUCAGAUCCUCCAGAGUGGACAUAAAACGGCCUUGUGGAUGCACUUAGAUGUCUGCAAUGACUGCUGUGGCUGGCAUGCCUCAGUGUUUUGGACUCCCAUUCUCUGGACUCAGUAGGACAAGAACUGAUCAGCAGAGAACGUCAUGAGCAUAGUCAUCCCAGUAGGGGUGGACACAGCAGACACCUCAUACCUGGACAUGGCUGCGGGCUCAGACAGACCAGAAUCGGUGGAGGCCAGCCCUGUGGUGGUGGAAAAGUCCAGCUACCCACACCAGAUCUACAGCAGCAGCUCUCACCAUUCCCACAGUUACAUUGGCCUGCCUUACGCUGACCAUAACUAUGGGGCGCGGCCCCCACCCACCCCUCCGGCCUCCCCUCCCCCCUCCAUGUUGAUCCGACAAGGAGAGGGGGGGCUGUUUGUUCCAGGGGGCCAGGACGAAGCAUCCCGGGGCACCACGCUCAGCACCUCAGAGGAUGGCAGCUACGGGGCUGACAUCACCCGCUGCAUCUGUGGCUUCACCCACGAUGACGGCUACAUGAUCUGCUGUGACAAGUGCAGUGCCUGGCAGCACAUAGACUGCAUGGGCAUCGACAGGCAGAACAUUCCUGAGACAUACCUGUGUGAACGCUGCCAACCACGACACCUGGAUCGAGAGAGGGCCAUCCUGCUGCAGACCAGGAAGCGAGAAUGUUUGUCUGAUGGGGACACCAGUGCUACAGAGAGUGGAGACGAGGUGCCGCUAGAGCUCUACUCCACCUUCCAACACACGCCUACCACCAUCACCCUCACUACCGGGCGCCUUGGCAAUAAGCCGACUGAUAAAAAACGCAAAAAGAGCGGUGAUAAAGAGCCUCCAGCAUCCUCCGCCCGAGCUAAGAAGGCCUUCCGAGAGGGCUCCAGAAAAUCCUCCAGAGUAAAGGGUGCAGCUCCGGAGCAGGAGCCGACAGAGCACCCGUCUCUGUGGGAGAACAAGAUCAAGACGUGGAUGGAGCGCUACGAGGAGGCCAGCAGCAAUCAGUACAGUGAGGACGUCCAGGUCCUGUUGCGUGUUAAAGAGCAAGGCGACGGCAAGAGCCUGGCGUACAACACGCACCCCGCCUCCUUCAAACCGCCUGUGGAGAGUCAAGUUCAAAAGAACAAGAAGAUCCUCAAGGCGGUGCGAGACUUGGCCCCAGACUCCCUCAUCAUUGAGUACAGGGGAAAGUUCAUGCUUCGACAGCAGUUUGAGGCCAACGGAUACUUCUUCAAGAGGCCAUACCCUUUUGUGUUAUUUUAUUCCAAAUUUGACGGACUGGAGAUGUGUGUCGACGCUCGCAGCUUCGGCAACGAGGCGCGCUUCAUCCGUCGCUCCUGCACCCCGAACUCUGAAGUGCGGCACGUCAUUGAGGACGGCAUGCUGCAUUUGUACAUCUACUCGUUGAGGCCCAUCACCAAAGGCACAGAGAUCACCAUUGGUUUUGAUUAUGACUAUGGCAGCUGUAAAUACAAGGUGGACUGUGCCUGUGUGAAGGGGAACCAGGAGUGCCCGGUGCUCAAGCACAACUUGGAGCCCUCGGAGAACCAGGGCUCCGGAGCCCGGCGCCGAGGGAGCCGCAAGGACAAGGAGGUGGUCCGGGACGACCUGGGCCAGAACCAGAACAUGGGCCUGGACGGCGAGGGGAAGAGCAAGAGCGUAGGCGACGGCAAGCAGAGGAAACUCUCCCCUCUCCGCCUCUCCAUCUCAAACAACCAGGAUCCUGAGUUAUAUGAGGAUCUAGAAGACAAAACCUCCGUUAGCAAUGAAGUAGAGAUGGAGUCAGAGGAGCAGAUUGCAGAGAGGAGGAGGAAGAUGGCCAGCCCAGCGGAGCAGUCCCAUCUCCCUGUCGGGGCGGCUUCCAGCUGGAAGGGACUGAAACACAAGGAGGUAAUCUUGACCAUUAAUAGCCAACCCUCCUCCACCCAUCCACCAGCCUCCCCAACCCCAAAUCUCCCAGAGACACGAGAGGAGAGGAAGAUGGAGGCCAUCCUGCAAGCCUUCGCCCGGAUGGAGAAGAGGGAGAAGCGGAGAGAGCAGGCUCUGGAAAGAAUCGGCAGCGGCAAGACGGAGGUCGGCGGACGCAGCGACAUCAAGGAGGAGCCUCCGGCCACGCCAGAGAUGGCCGAUUCUCCGGCUAUCAUGCAGCCACUCCUGGAGGUCAAAGAGGAGCCAGGGUUAAAGCCGGCUAAGGUCAAAAGCUCGAGGAACAGGAAAAGUUUCUCGAGGAACCGCACGCACAUCGGGCAGCAGCGCCGGCGAGCUCGCACCAUCAGCACCUGCUCCGACCUGGCCCCCGGCUCUCCCACCGAGUCCGUAGAGCCUCUGAGCAACGAAGCCCCCGAGGGCGAGAUGCUCCCCGCGCCGGAGCCCGAGGCCAUCCUGCCCGAAGUACCGGACAGCAGCCCGCCACACAGCAGCUCGCCUGCACCGGACAGGAACCGCAACGGGAGCAAGAACUUCAAAACUAAAAAGCACUUUGUGAGUGAGUGGGUGGGAGAGAAGCAGCAGGACCGCUGUGCAGUACGAACCCCGGAGCCGGUCCCGGAGAGGCCGCUAAGAAUAAGCAGCGACCCCGAGGUGCUCGCCACGCAGCUAAACGCCCUACCGGGCAUGGCGUGCUCCCCACAGGUCUACAGCACGCCCAAACACUACGUCCGCUUCUCGUCCCCGUUCCUGGCGAACCGCAGCCCCACCACUCCCGGAGUCCCCACCGGGAGACGGCGCUCUAGAGAACUGCCCGAGACGCCGCCGACCACCGGCUCCUGCAAGAAGCGAUGGUUGAAGCAGGCUCUGGAGGAGGAGGGCUCCACCAGCCCGGCCAGGCGACCCAGCCUCCUCAUGCCCAGCGAGGGUCCCCUCAGCCCCUCCAUCAACGGAGACUCUGACAGCCCUCUGCCCUACAACGGCACCUGCUCACUACCAGAGUUGCCGACACCUUUGAAAAAGCGUCGGUUGAGUCCGUUAGAUGCCUGCAUGUCCGAGGGCUCGACGCCCUACGGCUCCCCUUGUGCCACGCCCACCAGGGCCGACCAAUCGGAGGCCCCCGCAACCCCCGUCUUACUGGCCACCCCGCCGCGUCCCCGGACAGAGGAGCCCAGUACGGAGCCCCUGCCCAGCACCCCAACACAAACACUUAACGCCCUUCAGGAGAGUGAAUCUUCAGUGGAAAGCUCCCCGGAGGUCAGCCGGAAACCAAGUGUGCAAGAGGCCGAUCGUCCUCCUUCGUUGGUCUCCUCUCCGUGCGUCAGGGCUCCCAGCUCAGACGGACUCCCGGCAGAAGUCAAGGUGACGGUUCCUGAGAGUCCACAGCCUCCGGCCGCCGAGCCUGUGGACUGUGGCGAGGACCGUGCCGACGGCGUGGUGGUGGUGGUGGAGGGCAGCAGUGAGGCUCCCUCGUCUGCAGAAACGUGUGCUUCCUCUUUCCCCGGCUGGAUAAAAAGCCCCGACAGAGGCCCGACUGGACCAGCUGGCCUGAACUUUUCUCCAGUCAACUCCAACUUACGGGACCUCACCCCCUCACACACCCUGGAGCCCCUGGUGGCUCCCUUCAGGCCCGAGGCCGCAGCUGGGGCUGCAGCGGGGCCCGCAGCAGCGACGGGGCCCUUGGUCGUCUCUCAGGCCCCCUUCAGUGAAGGGCAGGGGCCGCUCUUCUACCCGUGCUCCGAGGAGGGAGGCUCGCUCGGCUUCUCGCGCUCGCUGAACGGGGACGGCUCCGGCGAGGGAGGAGGGUCAGCGCAGAACCCCCCACAGAAGAAAAAGGUUUCCCUGCUGGAAUACAGGAAACGUCAGCGUGAAGCUCGUCGCAGCGGCUCCAAGACCGAGUGCAGCUCUCCUGUCUCCACCGUGCCGCCUCUGACCGUGGACGCCUUCCCCGUCGCCAUGGAGACCCCCAGUGAACCUCCUCAGCCUCCUGCUCCCACCGCUCCUCCCUGCACCACCAACACCGCCGCCGUCAAGGAGCCUCCGACAAACGAGGAGGCCGAGGCGCCCGGAGAGAAGGGGGAGAAGGAAGGAGGAGAGGGACAGUGGACGUCGUCCACGUCUGUAGAGCAGGCGCGAGAACGCAGCUACCACAGAGCGCUGCUGCUCAGCAAAGACAAAGACACAGAUGGUGAGACAGAAGGAGGAGACACGCCUGCACUGAGAGACUGUCCGUCUCCGACUCUUCAGAAGACCCCGACCCACACGCCCUGCUCCCCCGGUCCUCCCAGUCGGCCAGCGAAGGACGACGACGCCGACAGUCAGCCUCGGACGCCAAACGCCACCAGCCAGCCACCGAGCAAGCCUGCAGCGGCCAAGCCGGCUCCUCUGACCCCCACCAAGCUGCACCCGGCCCCGCUGCCCUCCUCUCCGGUCCACUACCCAGGCUCCUCCCUGCUGCACUCCCCCAAGCCUCAGCCGCAGGGUUCUCCGUACCGCAGCCAGAGGGCGCUGUUCUCCACCACGCCGCAGAACCAAGCCCAGCCUCCGGCUCAGAGCGGCCCCGCUCCGUUCCCCCAGUACACCACACAGAGCGCUCCCCCGCCGCCUCCCCCUCCUCCACCGGCGCCGCCGGCCUCCACGCCGUACUUCCCCAGCCAGAGCCCCUCGCCCGCUGGACCUUUCCCCGGGUUCAAACCUGCCGUCACGCCCCCCUACCCCCCCGGCUCCCAGCCCCUGAUGCAGACUAUUCCCCACAGCGUGCACUAUCAGAGCUCGGCCGCACCGCCCCCCCCUCCUCCCCCGCCCCCUCACCCGGCGAUACCCGGCCCCACCCUGCUGCACGUCAACCUGCAGCCUCCUCCCAUCCAGCAGCACCAGCUCAUGCUGACCUCCGCGCCUCCUCCGCCUCCCCCGCCGCAGGGACAGACCCCCCAGCAGCAGCAGCAGCAGCAGCCUCCUCCCUCCGGCAGCACCCUGCUGUCCCUCACCCCUCCCCCGCCUCCUCCUCCACCUCCCCCCGCCCCCUCGACCAACGCCCCCAUGCAGCCGCACCACUUUCAGAACUUAGGGGCUUUCCAGCCGGCGCUGCUGCACCCGGGCGGCGCCGCCAACCCCUCAGUGCCCCCGUCGACGUACCCCCCGCCCCUCCAGCAGACCGGACUGCCUCCACCUCCCCCCCCUCCCCCCCAACAGACUCAACAAGGCCCGGCUCAGGCCGCCUCCUCCUCCCAGAUGCCUUCUGGGACUCGAGGAGCUCCUGCGUCCUCGACCCCCUUCCACAGCUCGGGGUACCUGAGCACGGGGUGGCACUGACCCGCCCCCCCGAGGACUCAGCCCGAGAGGGGCGUGUAUCAUAAGCUGUAGAUAUGUUUUCUAUGUACUGAACACAUGGCCAGUGGAAAAACAGCUGAUUGUGGGAUAAAACGAGGAUGCUUUUUAAAGAAAAAAAAGAAGAAAAAAAACAAGGACAGAAAAAUUUUAGACAACAAAAAGGACAGUAAAGUGAUCUUCAACACGAACUGUAUGAAAAUGAAGAUGGACGAUCCCCCCGGUGCUCAUAGCCCUCUCUCUCUCUGGCCUCCGUUUGUUUUUAUAUUUCCUUCCUGUGACAGAGAGGAACGCUCUCUGUUCUGUGUCUUGUUUGGACUCCCGUUGUAAGACCCCGCACUUUGUUUAUCAAUGGACAUUCCAGCCUAUACCCCCCCCCCCCCUUCCCUCCCUCCUUCUGUCAGUUAUUCCUUUUACUUCUCUCUCGUCUGUUGUCGGCUCUCUACACCAUUUAUUUGUUUUAAUCUAGUGGCUCAUUAUAGCAAAGAGAAAGCUUUUUGUAUAGAGAAAAAAACACAAUUAUUUUUUUUAUUCCUCUGUCUAACAACAAAUAUCUGUUCACCGCUGCAGAUUCAGAAAAGACCCAAUUCUGGGAGCCUGCCUCACCACCCGGGAGGCUGCACUCGUGUGUGUUUGUGUGUGUGUGUGUUUGUAUGCCUGUGUGUGUGAAAGAGUAUGGCUGCUUAAAGGAGGGAGAGUGUGUGUGUGAUUUCUUGUAACGAGUGCUUGUAGUCUUCUGAGGUAGGCAGAGUGGUCUCGCCCACAGGUAGGACGUUAGCGGUUUAUUUUUGAAUAUCAAUGGUUAUUUGUAGAAAGUGUAAUUUAAUGUAUAGGUGGUUACUCCAGCUUUCACCAGGAACAGGUUGUAAAUAUUCGCUUCUUUUCUUUUCUAUGCUUGUACAAUUCGCUCCCAUCCCAUUUUUUGAAAUAUGGUUGUAAAUAUGAACGCUCUUCUUGGCAAAGCUGAAUGUUUUCUGUGACUGUAGCAUUAUUUUUAUUUUAUUUUUUUCUCCUCCCUCUCUCUCUCUCUCUGGACUCUUCAACUUUGUCUUUUUUUUUUUAUUAUUUGUGUGUGUGAGUGUAUGUUUGUGUGGAGGGGAGAGACUCACAGACACUGCACUGGUUGGCUAUUUUCAUGGUUCAUUAUAAUAAAUCACUGUAAUGACAGUUUUAUACAA